CUGACAGUGCUACCUGGUGCCUCAGUGUGGGAGGGAGAAGCUGUGUCUCUGCAGUGUGGGGCUCACAUAAAUAAACAGGGCACACAGCUGCAGUACCGCUAUAGCAAAGACAAUGGGACUGUGAGAGGAGCGGGAUCACAGGAUCAGCACUCAAUCCCAGCGGCAGGGCUGAGAGACACAGGGAGAUACCAGUGUGAGGUGGAGGCAGCAGGGAUGGGGCUGAAGGAAAGGAGUGGUUCUGUGUCACUGACUGUGAGAGCUCUGUUCUCCAGGGUGACUCUGACAGCAUCUCCAGGAGCCACAGUGAAGGAGGGAGAGGCUCUUAACCUGACCUGUGAGGCAGCAGUGAACAAAACCCCCCGCCCUGAACUCCACUACACCAUUGUGAGAGACGGGGAGCCUGUGACUAACAGCACUGACUCUGCACUGUACAGCAUAGCCAGCACUGAGAAGAGUCACACUGGGAGCUACACGUGUGCUGUGGAGUCACAGGGAGUGAUGAAGAGCAGCCAGGAGCUACACAUUGAACUACAAACGUCCUGGCACAGCGCUGCUGCUGCUGCUGGCUUCAGUGUCGGCUUCUUUGUGAUUCUUCUCAUUGUGUUCACUCUGCUUCUCCUCUAUCACAAGAUCAGAGGUUUCCCGUGUAUCACCGGUGGUAAGAGGAGGCAAGUCAGCACAAGUAUGUGUACAGACAGGGUCCUCGUCCACUACAGCACUGACAAGCAUUUCUCAUGA